AUGAGUUUUAGAUAUUCAGCUGCAGGCGGCGCCCAUCAACGUGAUUUAAGAACACAAUUAUUUAGCAGUCCAUCAGUUGGAAUACGUACACCAUCAAGAACUCCACCACUGCGAACAGCAUCACCGUACGACCCAUCGCCGAAUAACAAUCAAGCCAAAUAUAACGAAUCAUUAUUAAAUUCGUUGGAACUGCAGAAUAAUGAAGAAAUGGAUACUAUGGGUCAAAAAGUUGCCAUGUUGAAAACUUUAGGGGAGAAAAUGGGAGUGGAAAUCAAUAAACUGAUUAAAUUAAAUGAUGAUAUAACUAAUGGGUUUGAAAAAGGGAAAAUUACCCUAAAGAAUACAUAUAAUAAAAUGAUAGUUAUGAGCCAGAGAGCAGGUAUAACUUGGAAAAUGUGGGGGAUUGUAUUUUUGAUUGUAUUCCUAUGGUUUUUCUACGUUUGGCUAUUUUGA